AUGAUCGACGUUGAAAAAAACCCAAAGGAGGAAAAGCCCACGACAGCUCAGGCGAGUGAUGGGGCAGUCAGUUUCUCGUCGGCAGUGGAGACAAGAACUCAAUCGAUAGCCAGAGCAAUGCAGCGUUUGGAAAGAAAGAAAGAGGGCAAAGACAAGUCCAAAGACAAGAUGAGCAAGGGCAAAGACAAGUCUAAAGACAAGAAGAGUAAGAGCAAAAACAAGAAAAGCAAAGGCAAGGAUAGUAAAGAGAACAAAAAGAAGGGUUUCUGUCCUUGGCUAAGCAGCAAAGGCAGCAAGAGCAGCAAGAGCACCAAAGAGAAAUGGGGAGGCAAGCGCAAAUCCAAGAGGGCCAAGAAACGCUCCUCUAAGGAAGGCAGCUCGAGAUCCAGAAGCAAAGAGAAGGCUGGCAAGGCUAAGCCCAGCAAGGAGAAGGUGGGCAAAGGAAGCAAGGAGAAGGCGGACAAAGGCAACUUCCUGCGGUUCCUGAGCCCAUUCCGGGGAGUCCACGGAGCACGCUACCUGCUGCUACGGCCAGGGGCAUCUCCAGCGCUGUCGCCACUCUUCUAG